AACUAACACUUGCUUUCCAUUUAUAAUAAAUCCCAACCCCCCAAAACGCCACCAUGCAUUUACUUGGCAGUUUCUUAAUUACUACUUGUUCAAUUAAAAAGUUAAUUGUAACAUAUAUUAAUUACUUCCGAUCAACUUGUUUGCAAUGGGAAACCACAUCUCUCAUGGCUCAGGCUCAGGCUCAGCUGGGAGGGUCAUACUUCCAGAUGGAACAGUCGAAGAAUACACCAAACCAGUGACCGUGGCUGAGCUCAUGUUAGACCACCCACAGCAACUGGUUGUGGAGUUUCAAACGCUCACCAACGGAAGAACCCUGAAACCGUUGCCUGCAGACACGAAGCUGGAGAACAACAGAGUCUACAUGAUGCUGCCAAUGAGGCGAGGGAAGCCGGUUGGGCCCGGGGCAAUGUCAUCUGAAGAACUUCUCCUGAGGGCUAAUACGGUUCUGAAUUCCGAUUCCUUUGUGACUGCUUACACGGGCUUUCUGCCGUUGUUUGCUAGGAUGUGUCCUGCUGCUGUGAUCAAGAGUAGCAAGAAAAAGGAGAAAGAAGAGAAAUUAUCAGCGCUGCCGGUGAUGGUUAAACCAGCUGGGUUAUUGGAUUUGGGGGAGAUGGAUUCGGAAGGGAGGGCUGAUUAUUAUUUCAGCAGGCAGUUGUCUGGGAAAGGUUCAUGGAAGCCUAGUUUAGAUACCAUAAAGGAGAAGGGUGUCAAGGCCAAGAUCCGCCAUUGGUUGCAUUGAAUUAUAAAGUUUCAAAUAUUAUAUAGUACGUAUCAAAGAAUAUGUUUAUGCUUUUCUAGUUAAUAACUGAUUAAAAGGUUUGUUGGGCGGGUGAGGUACGUGUGAAUUACUUAUGCUAUUGUGUUACUUUUGCAUCAAUUUGGAAAUUGAAGAACAUUUUGCAAUCAAA